CACUGUGCCCGAUCCAUCUAUCCAAAGAGCGCGUGCCAUGGUUGAGGAUACUGAUGCUGUGAUCUUCCUCUUCUCUUCAGCCCACGAGACACAGAAGUGCUGCUGUUUUUCUCCUUCUUCUGCUUCUUGUUCUUCUGUGUAUCUGUGUUUGCCGCUGCUGCACCAUGAGCUCUGAAUGCAGCAGUUACUACAGCAGUGACGGUCUGUUUUUGGACGGGUUUUCUUGCCCCAGAACGGGAAGCGCUGCCGCCGCUGUCUACUGCUGCGGGUUUAAUGACGUGAAAUAUUGCUGCGACGAUCCCAACAGUUUCUUCCCGUACGACUACAGUUACAUGUGGUGGCUGAGUAUCGGUGCCCUGGUUGGUCUGUCCAUUGCAGCAGUGGUCCUUCUUGCCUUCCUCAUCACAGUAUGUGUCCUCUGUUAUCUCUUCAUUGCCUCCAAACCCCACCGUCUGGACAACGGCCUACCCCUCAGAGUGCCAGAGGCGAAUCCUCCCGAGGGAUUCAGUCGCGUGACACCGACCGGCGUCUCUGGUCCGCAGGGUUUCAGGAAGCACUUCAGCAGAAAGCUUGACUGUGAUAACCAGCCGCCAGACCCUGAGCGCCUGUUUCAGAGAUGCUUCACCGCAACGGUCACCAGUGUGAAGGUAGAAAGUCCUGCAUAGGCCAGUGAGAUACUUUUUGUUCAUAAAUGGGACCCACAGUCUGGAGGUCAGGAGACCCAGUAAACCAGGAGGAAGACAAUGUGGCCAGGCAGUGACCCUGACACUGGGAGGAACACAAGCUGACAUACUGUGGUGUGCAAUGGAGUCUAUAUUAAGUGAUGUCAAGCACACUGUCACACAAAGGCUCUGAAAAGAUUUCACCUUGAUAAUCCUAGCUUUAUGCGCAGCAGUAAUUGAAAGCACAAGUUUUCCAUUUUCUUUGAUGAGAUGGGAUAUAAUUGUUUUUCUUUAAAGCAAAAAAAAAAGAUGAAUAAUUGUACAUUUGUUAUUAAAGUAUAAGGAAGAGUAUAAAGGGUUGAGAGUUCAGCAUGGACAGCAACUGCCUUUUAUAAUUUAGCUACGUUUUACUCAGGGACUGACAGCAUCAAUGUUUUUUCAUCUCUUUCAAGGCCCCAGUGGGCGGAGUCUGGGCUGGAUUUUUGGACAUGUUCGACAAUGGAUGAUUAUUAUGUCGGCGAAGUCAUUCAGGGUGGAUGUGGUGAAGGAGAUGGUUGUGUCAGCAAACAGUUUAGGAAUACUGUGACUUUAUUAUGACUAUUAUGACUAGAUCAAAAGUCAUAAUGGUUUCACUGCUGAUGUUAGUCAGCUAAGGUCAGUUUUAAAGAGCCAGUGUGUAUGUAUAAAUGAUGAGACAACAGUUUACAACAAAUGUAAAACUCCCCUUUCCCAAGCACUUCAUGGAACCUUUGGAACUUAAGGUGUCCACAGAUAAUCUGGCUGGUUUAAAAAUCCCAA